GGGGCGGGGCGAGGCCAGGGCUCCGAAAGCCCGACCGGAUCCCGCGGCCGGCGCCCCUCUACCGCACCCCGCUCCCGCGCCGCCGCCGCCGUCAUGGGGGCCUGCCUGGGCGCCUGCUCCCUGCUCAGCUGCGCGUCCUGCCUCUGCGGCUCUGCCCCUUGCAUCCUGUGUGGCUGCUGCCCCUCCAGCCGCAACUCCACCAUCAGCCGCCUCAUCUUCACCUUCUUCCUCUUCCUGGGGGUGCUGGUGUCCGUCAUCAUGCUGAGCCCCGGUGUGGAGAGUCAGCUCCACAAGCUGCCCUGGGCGUGUGAGCAGGGGUCCGGGACUCCCAUCGUCCAGCUGAGCCACAUUGACUGUAGCUCCCUGCUCGGUUACCGAGCUGUCUACCGCAUGUGCUUCGCCACAGCCGCCUUUUUCUUCCUCUUCAUGCUGCUCAUGAUGUGCGUGCGUAGCAGCCAGGACCCCAGGGCUGCCGUCCAGAACGGGUUUUGGUUCUUUAAGUUCCUGAUCUUUGUGGGCAUCACCGUGGGCGCCUUCUACAUCCCCGACGACUCCUUCUCCGACAUCUGGUUCUACUUUGGCGUCGUGGGCUCCUUCAUCUUCAUCCUCAUCCAGCUGGUGCUGCUCAUCGACUUUGCGCACUCCUGGAACCAGCAGUGGCUGGGCAAGGCCGAGGAAUGUGACUCCCGUGCGUGGUACGCAGGCCUCUUCUGCUUCACCCUCCUCUUCUACUCGCUGUCUAUUGCGGCCGUGACCCUGCUCUUCAUUUACUACACCCAGCCCGGUGCCUGCUCCGAGGGCAAGGUCUUCAUCAGCCUCAACCUCACUCUCUGUGUCUGCAUCUCCAUCAUCUCCGUCCUGCCCAAGGUCCAGGACGCCCAGCCCAACUCGGGUCUGCUGCAGGCCUCCGUUGUCACGCUCUACACCAUGUUCGUCACCUGGUUGGCGCUGUCCAAUGUCCCUGACCAGAAAUGCAACCCCCACUUUGACAACGGGACGAUCCUGACAGGCCCUGAGGGCUAUGUGACCCAGUGGUGGGAUGCGCCGAGCAUCGUGGGUCUCAUCGUCUUCAUCCUGUGCACCUUAUUCAUCAGCGUUCGCGCCUCGGACCACCGGCAGGUGAACAGCCUGAUGCGGACUGAGGAGUGCCCGCCCGCCGUGGAGGUCAUGCAGCAGCAGGAGCAGCAGCAGGUGGUGGGCCGGGCCUUUGACAAUGAGCAGGACGGCGUUGCCUACAGCUACUCCUUCUUCCACUUCUGCCUGGUGCUCGCCUCCCUGCACAUCAUGAUGACGCUCACCAACUGGUACAGGCCUGGGGAGACCCAGAGGAUGAUCAGCACCUGGACUGCCGUGUGGGUGAAGAUCUGCGCCAGCUGGGCCGGGCUCUUCCUCUACCUGUGGACCCUGGUAGCGCCGCUCCUCCUGCCCAACCGCGACUUCAGCUGAGGCAGCCCGCUGCAGCCUGCCCGCCUGGUGCCGCGGGGCUCAGUGACAGUGAGCUAGGCUGCCCCUGCCCCGCCUCCAGCACUUGCCCUUCAGCUGGGCGCCUUAUUCUUAGUGCCUUCAGGGAUGAGGAGCAUCAGGCCCAUGCCUGAGCCCUACCCUCUGCUGCCCCUGAACCUCAGGGCUUCCUCUUCCUUCCCCUUGUCCCUGGUCACCUAUGCUCCCCUUCUUGGGGGAAAAAGGGCCCCUCGUUCCCAGGCUCCCCAGGAGAGGGACCAGAAGGAGAGAAAUGCUCAGGGCCGCUCACGGGAGCACUCACUACGAUGGGCUGCCCAGCACUGAGGCACUGGUAUCCUGACCACGUCCCCAGGGCGCCCCUUACCUUCCUAGAGUCCGUGCCUUACAGAGUCUCUAAGACUUUGCCCAAUAAAGAA